UUGUCUUUGCCCUUUUGGCGGCCGUGGCGUCGGCGAUUCCUGAAGAAGGCUACAACUACCAGGCACCAGGAGGCCAGGGAUCCCAAUACCCCUCCGCGCCCGCUCAGUACGCCUUCCAGUGGGAUGUGAAUCAUGCACCUUCAGGGAACUUUUACGGCCACAAAGAGCAGAGAGAAAACGCCAACACUCAGGGAAGUUACUACGUCCAGCUGCCCGAUGGUCGCCGUCUUCUGGUCGAGUAUUACGUGGACGCCACCGGUUACCAUCCCACCGUCACCUUCGAGGGAGAGGCGCAGUAUCCUUCAGGAGGGAAUCGGGGAUACGGCCAGUCCGGUCAGGGAUCGAGCCAAGGUUCUCCCUCACAAUCAUAUGGUGUCCCAUCUAAGUAAGCUCGAUACAAAGACCGGCCAGCUCUUAACCGAGAUCACCCCUCUCGUGCCCACGCCUUCUAAAAACUAUAGUACUCAGCCAAAAGACCAGUUACAAUUCAUGGAACAAUAUACCACUGCAACGGUGACCUACCAGGCCCUCGGCCGAGCGCGUUACUGA